AUGGCCAGUGAAGGUGCUUCCUUACUUUUGAACCAGCCUAUUGUCAUAGACAAUGGUUCUGGUACAAUCAAGGCAGGUUUUGCAGGUGAAGAAAAACCAAAGACCCAUGCUCCAGCUAUAAUAGGAUGGCCCAAAUAUUCAAAAGUGAUGGCUGGUGCUCUUGAAGGUGAUACAUUCAUAGGAAAUAAGGCACAAGAAAACAGAGGACUAUUAAGACUUAGGUAUCCAAUUGAGCAUGGUAUAAUACAGAACUGGGAUGAAAUGCAACAGAUAUGGUCUUCUGUGCUACAAAAUGAUCUAAAAUCAAGUCUUGAAGAUCAUCCUGUUUUGAUGACAGAGGCUCCACUAAACCCCAAAAGACAUCGUGAAAAGUGUGCACAAAUAUUCUUUGAAACUUACAAUUGUCCAGCGUUAUAUAUGUCAAUUCAAGCGGUUUUGGCAUUAUAUGCUUCAGGAAGAACAACUGGUGUCGUGCUAGAUAUCGGUGAUGGGGUUAGUCAUUCUGUUCCAGUAUAUGAAGGAUUCUCACUACCGAAUGCCAUAAAAAGAAUAGAUGUUGCAGGUAGAGAUGUCACUGAACAAUUACAAUUAUUAUUAAGAAAGAAUGGUUAUCUUUUACAAACAAGUGCAGAAAAGGAAAUAGUACGUCUCAUAAAAGAGAAAACAUGUUAUGUUUCACUAGAUCCUAAAAAAGAUGAAAAAGAUUGGUUAUCAUCAGUAUUUGAUUAUGAAACAGCACAAAGUGGUAAUAAGAAUACUGAACAAUAUAAAUUGCCAGAUGGUAAAACAAUUGAAGUGGGGGCUGAAAGAUUCAGAUCUAGUGAAAUAUUAUUCCAACCAGAAAUUAUUGGUUCAGAAUUUCCAGGUGUUCAAGAGAUGGUUUUCGAUUCAAUAAAUAAAGUUGAUUUGGAUUUAAGAAAUUCAUUAUACCAAAGUAUAGUGCUAAGUGGAGGUACAACAUUAUUGAAAGGUUUUGGGGAUAGAUUGAUCAAUGAGUUGAAAUUGAUGACACCAAAGGGUACAAAGAUAAAGAUAUUUGCACCACCAGAAAGAAAAUAUAGUACAUGGAUAGGUGGUUCUAUUCUUGCAGGGUUGAGUACUUUUAGAAGAAUGUGGGUUUCAAAGGCUGAAUGGGAAGAGAACCCUGACUUGAUUCAUACAAAGUGUCUAUGA